AUGCAGGCCAGCUGUCCGUUCGCGGCCGGCCGAGCGACCGCGGCGCUGCGACGAGACCCGCUCCAGUGCGCAAGCAGGCCCGCACGCCCCGCGCUGGCGCCGCUGCGGCUCGCGCGGGGGCCGCGGCACCCGCAGCGGCAUCACAUCGAUCGGUGCGACCGGCGGCUCGGGCCGGCGGGGGCUGGGCAGGACGGCGGCGGGAAGGGGAAGCCGGACACUAGACAACAGAAGGAUGAGAUCACCGGGAUAGCGUUCGACGCGCCGAUACCGGGGCGCAUUGUGGACGGGCCGAUGCAGGAGGGUCCGGACGAGGUCGAGGUGCUCGUGCUGUGGCUGCGGCGCGUGCCGUGGAAGCGGCUGCUGACGUGGGUCUUCGUGGUUUGUGCAGCGCUACAGUUCAAGGACUUCUUCGGGAUCGCGAUGGGGACGUUCGUGAUCGGGUUCAUCGGGCAGACGCUCGUGUCCUGGACGCAGAAGCGCCUCGUGCCGCCCACGUUGCGGCACGUCUUCACGCGGCACGCGCUCGUGGCGUGCUACUUCCUGGCCAUCUUCGGCGCGCUCGCGGCGUUCGGCCUCGUGACCAUCCCGAACAUCGUGAGCGAGGGCACCGACUUCGUCGCGCGCCUCCAGUCGGACAACAUCUGGACCGUCAUCCUUGAAAAGAUGCGCGCAGGCCUGGGGGACGGCAUCAUGGACAAAGUGGAGUCGUUCAUCCUCAUGGCGACGUCCGACGACCUCACGCACCUCCCGGACAGCGUCAAGGCCAUCCUCGAGGGCGGCAUGUCGCCCGAACGCUCAACCCUCGUCUCCUCGGCCCUCCAGUCGCUCGUGCGCGACUACACCGAGGCCGCGGUCGCGAUCACGUCGUCGCUGCUGGCGGCCACCACCAAGAUCGCGGCGCAGGUCGUCAUCUCGCUGAUCCUGUCCUUCAUCGUCCUCUGGGACCUCCCGAACAUCCGCGAAGGCAUCCAGUCCCUCGAGAACUCCCGCCUCAAACAGGUGUACAACGAGCUCGCGCCGCCGCUGAUGCUCUUCGGGCAGCUGUUCGGCAAGGCCCUCCAGGCGCAGGCCCGCAUCGCGCUCGCCAACACCCUCCUCACCGGCCUCGGGAUGUGGAUCCUGCAAAUCCCCGGCGUGGGCCUCCUCUCGAUGAUCGUCUUCAUCUGCGGCUUCAUCCCCAUCGCGGGCGUCUUCCUCUCCACCGCGCCGAUCGGGUUCGUCGCGCUCACCGAGUACGGCUUCAUCAAACUGACGCUCACCAUCAUGAUGAUCGUGGGCGUGCACUUCAUGGAGGCCUACGUCCUCAACCCCGCGAUCUACUCCGCGCACCUCCAGCUCCACCCGCUCCUCGUCCUCAGCGUCCUCGUCAUCGCGGAGCACUCCCUCGGCUUCUGGGGACUCCUGCUCGCCGUGCCCAUGACCGUCUUCGCCCUCGACUACUGCAUUCGGUAUCCGGACCUGCGCGUGACAGAGAUAGCAGCGCGCGAGCUGAGCAACGUGGAGCGCGGGAACGAGGAGAACCUCGAACCGCACCCUAUUUUGCCAUGA